AUGGCCACUCUCCAGCCGCAGUUGCGGCACUUUGACAACAAAUACUUGCGAAGUUUCUACCGAGAGGCAGAAUUCGAUUGGAAUCACGAUGAGGUAAAGGAAAUCGAAAGAAAAAUUACCAGAUUCGUGCAAAAAGUCUCCGAUUACAUCGGUGGCGAAGAUCCGCUGUUUAAGAAUACUGUCAUUCCAAGCGGCAGCUAUUUCGAAGGUCUCAAAGUAGUGGGCCCAGAUGAAUUCGACUUUAUGAUUUGUUUAACGGAAUUGUCAGAAACAGGUGUUUGUGUCAUAAAAGAUAUUGACAGAAAGGUUCCUGAUCCAGGUUACGUAGAUGUACAAAUUGAAGACGAGGAGGUUAGCGAACGGUGGAAGCAGUACAUUUCGAGACGUGGAAAUCUGAAGUCAGGUGUCCUCUUGAAUAGAUUCAAAGAUCUCAUUGAAAAAGCUAUAAUGAAAAAGAAGCGUUAUUUAAGAGGAUAUAUUGAUGAUCAUAUCGUGGUUGAGCUUAGAAAGAUACCUGUCACAGUCAAGUUAAUCUGGAAAGGAAAUAAAUAUUCUAAAUAUUCUAACUAUGAGAUAUGCCUCGACUUCCCUUUAUGCAUUAAAGGUCCCAAUUUAUGGCCAGCAGUAUCAGACAUACGAGAGAGACUUCGGGUUGGAAGCCAUCCCGAGUAUCAAGUUUUUCGAAAAGCUGUUGGAGCUGGUUUUCAUCUCGUUGCCUCAACGAUUGGAGAGGCAGGGAAACACAGGCCUUGCUGGCGUUUAUCGUUCUCCGUUGCCGAGGGCAUUGUUUUGAAGCACAUUUUUCGAAAUCCAAGCUUAAUUCACAAAACGGCACUCAAGGUUCUGAAAGUUUUACGAAAGAAGCACGAAGGCCAUCUGUGUCUCUACGAAGAUCCAGAUGAUCCGGACGUCUCAUAUACAAUAAAGUGGGUCUUUCAUUCGUAUGUACUGAAGACGAUGUUUCUUCACGAAUGGUGUGAAUUUCCAGAUGAUUUGCUCUGGGGCUCUGAUCAGCUUGGAGAACGAGUUCAGAGUAUUUUAGAAAGGAUUCGAAGCAGUCUCAAAAACAAAGACAUUCGCAGCUUUUGGGUUCCAGAGUAUAAACUUUUCAAUUUUCGUGCUAGAAAAUGUACCCAAACAAACAUCUGCAUAAAAAACCUAACAUCACUUAUACAAAAAUUCACGAUCUAAUUUUCAAAACAAGUUUUUUCAAAUUUUCUUUUAAACGUAUUUUCAUGUCGAAAACGAUUAUUUUCCUAAUUUCUUUGGCUUGCAUUAGUUGCAUUCACCGAUGGCAUUAUCUUCCUUCGAUGUUUUGAUCAUUUUAAGGGUCGCAAACAUUCACAUAAUUAUCACACUUAACUAAUGUCUUAAUCCUACUUAGAAGCAGAACCAUUCGGCAGAAAUUACCUAGUCAAUAGGCCGUACAAAGCUCUGCAGAGUGUGAUGCUUGAUAAAUGCAUAGGAUCUUGAAUGAAGUUCAACUGUGUCUCAGUA